AAGGAAAGGAAAGAAGGGAAGGAGCGCGGGGCGGUGGAGGCUGAGGGAAAGCCGGGUGGUGCCGCGUAGGUUUGCCCCGGGGCAUUUCAGAUGUCCUCCAGUUUUCCUGCCUUUCUCAUCCGGAGGAGAUCCCUGGCCAUCCUGUGUUCCCUUUCCUCUGGUGAUAACUCCGGGUCGUUUGCUGUCCGCUCUGGCGCAGCGUGGGCUGUCCCCUUCCAGGAACGCCUUUUCCUGGUCGGUGUGUCGAGGUGGGUGGGCAGGAAUUAGGAUUUAUCCCGGUGUGUCACCGGUGCUUGGGCUGUUGUCCAUUCCAGCUGCUGUGCCUGCAUCCCGCUGCUCCUCCGUGUUCCCACUCUGGCUGGAAGCCCAGGGACGGGCAAAGAGAGUUUAUUCUCCUUUCCCACCUUCUCGAAGCUAUCCCCUUCGUGGUGCAGGGGCGCUGUUUUCCUUUGCAUUAAGUUUUUAAACCUUAUUUUUUCCUAGAUGUGGUAAAGGAAUCCUCAUGAGAAAUGCCUCAAGAAGAAAAUGUUUAUGGCAGUAUUUUAUAGGGAAAUUGAUAGAUCUCUCUCUUUUUCUUUUUUUUUUUUUUUAAUUCCCGAGAUAUUUGAGACCACAUGAAAGCACUUUCCUAUCAGAUGAGACCUAAGAAGCAGAAGUGUUGAUUCAGCAAGGUCGUUACCUCCUAGAACGUAAUUAAUGACUACUUCAGUCACUUUAACUUCAAAGCCAAUUUUUAAAAUCCUUAAAUAUUUGGCUGUAUCAGGGCUGGACUUUCCUUGAAGUAGUGGCCUUGAACUUUCAAAUGUAUCUUAUGUGGCUAACAGAUGUUUUGUAGGACUGAUUUCAUAUUAGGUUUAGCCUUGGAAAUAGAAAUCUGAACACCUGGAUUAAUUUUACAGUUGUUAGACUGAAAAAGACACACUUGCAAAUUCUCCCACCAAAACUGCAAUGCUUUCAGUGAUAAAAUUGGGUAUAUAUGUAUGUGUGAGAUUAAGACUUUAGCCAGUGAACAUAUUUUCUAGCUUCUGAGGUGAAAUAGCUAUAUAGUUGUUACCUUCUCCACUCUUUUUUCCGCAUUCUUGUUUUGGGAAUAGGAUUCCUAGUUGCUGUGGUAAUAUAAAUCAUGGAAUCAUGCUGAGUUAGAUCAUUGAGUCCAACUCCUAGCCCUGCUCAGGAUAUCCCAAUGAUCACACUAUGUGCCUGAGAGCAUUGUCCAAACACUUCGUGAACUCUGUCAGAUUUGGUGCUGUGGUCACUUCUCUGGGGAGCCUAUAAAAUCUGUAUACUUGUAGUUAGACUAUACAGAGAAAUAAAUUAUUUGGUGAGUACUUUGCCUUCAUUUAAAAUUGAAACUACUUGUUCAAUUUUUUUCUCCUUCUGUUAAGACCAGGAAUGUCACAGUGUGGUCCCCUGUGGAGAGAGGAGCUGGGUGCUGCUGGCAGGGCUGACUUUAUCAAGGCAGGAAGCAUAGACUCUGCUCUCCUGGCCACACAGAUGCUGGAAUAAAUGUUUCUCUGAUCACAGCACUUGCAUCUCUUAUUUUACUUCCUUUCUGAAGGUGGCUAUUUCCCCCCCCCCCUCCCCCCAUGUUGUCCUUUCAGUACAGAAAGCAGAUUAAUUAAAAUACAAUUUAAUUAUUAUACGCAAAUCAAAAGAACAGGACUGGAAACCCAGCUCUUCCGUGAACUGUGGAAGCUGCUCAGUUCAGCUGCCCUUUGUAGUCUGCACUUCCUCUGUUCGGGCCAAUCCUGAAUGAUCUGCUUGUGCAAUGAUCUGAUUCACGCCAGUGUUGCUGGUGUGAAUGUUUUCCUUGUAUUUGAGUGAAGUGAUUCCUGUUAGGACCAUUAACCGUGUGCCCAGGUGAACUGUCUGUUUUGUAGACAGAAAUGUAAGCUGGAGAUAAGUUAGAUUCAAAAAAAGAGAAGAAGCACUAAACCUGUGUGUCCAAGUUAAACAACCAGUUUUCUCCUUUUGCUACUUUUUUUUAAAGCUACAAAUGUAAAAAUAAUUGUGUUUUAUGGGAAAAAAUGCUGUGAAACUAUAUUCUAUCUUGGGAUCUGCAGGUGCUGGUUCUGUUUGAAUAACAAUAACAAUGUUUAAUUAAUUAAAACACGAAGGCUGUUCAUUUUGAAGGCAUUACAAGAACUAGGGACCACUUUGGAUAGUACAGUCUGUCUGUCUCAGCUUUCCUGCUGAUUUCUGUUUGUUUAGAAUCAGUUUUAUAUUUAAAAAGAAACCCUGUAACUAUGGAAGAGAUAAUAGGGGUGGGUUUCCUGUAGGAGAUGAUACUGAAAGCGAUCAUAAGACCUAAAGCAAACAAACAAAAAUAUAGCUAUUCCCCUCCGUUUAAUCAUUUUCCAUGGCAUUUCAGUGCAGACUUGUAACAACUUUAAAAGAAAACCCCUGGGUAUAGAUAAGGUACUAACUAACUUCAUGACAGUUUCAGAAUUCUCUAAUGCAGCAGCUCUAACAAUGAAGUUGUAAUUGUGUCAUUUCAGAAUAUCUGUACAUGGUUGGUGUUUUCAGCUAAAGGCCACUUGAGGUUGGUUCACUGGUCGUUAUUCCUUUUAUUUAUAUUAGAGGUGUAAAGCAGGUUAAUUAGUCACUUAUACUCUGUGUUAACAGAAGUAGAAUAACAGACUCAUUUGAGAUAGAAAAGACCUUUAAGAUCAUCAAGUGCAAGCAUUAACCCAGCACUGCCACAUUUACCACUAAACUCUAUUCCCAGAUACCAUAUUUACACAUCCUUUCAAGGACUGGUAACUCGCACGCUUCCCUGGGUUAGUAAGUCAUUCCUGAGUAUGAGUGACAGAACUUUUUGCUGCCAUAGCUGCAGUCACAACUUCUGAGUGACUGCACAUCUGGAGAGCUGUUAAGAUCUGAUUAUUGUGAUUAUUAGAGAGAGAUGCUUCUACCCAAAUUAAUGUGCAAAUGAGUUCAUAUGCUAAAAUCAAUAAUGCAUAUUUUAUUUCGUAAAACGUGAGAGAGAGACAAAGGUAUACAAAAGAGGGUGGGGGGAGAAGCAGAGAGAGAAAAAUUAAGUAGAAAGAUAAUCACUAACCUUGUGGAUGCAGCAGCGUUCUGUUGGUCCUUCACCCUUUUUGGUGGUAAGAGUCCCACAAAACGUAAAGGUGCAUGGGUUAAUACACAUUCAGGUAUAUAGAGGCAUGGCCAAGCACCUCCCCUGCAGGGCAGUUUUGCACUGUCUUUUGCUACACUGAGAGCUGUGUACAAUCCUCUGAUGGAAGGUCCCAGAAAUAAAUCUGGAGGUGCUUUGGAGGGUAUCUUUGGUGGUUUAUGACACGUUUUAAGACAUGACAGCUGCCUCUCAUGCCUCCGUACUUGAGCCUGUUCUGCUCCCUCAGAAGGGAUAAAUACCCUCAGGCCUACAUGUGAGUGUGAAUGUCCUGUGCUCAGUGUGUCUCUUCUUUUGAGUCAGUGCACUAUGGUCUCCUCCAGUCAGAGCUGACUUUCAGCACAGUUGCUGAGCUGCCUUCUCCAUGGACUCCUUGUAGUGUUACACUCUUCUCCCCCAGCCUUGUUUACCUCUCCUUAGGCUUGAGAUAACUUGGACAAUAGUACCACCUUUAUCUUAUCUCAAGUACCCAUCAGGUGGCUUAAUUUACUGUCCCUAUUUCCAGGAAUUCACAGGGGCAAAUCUGAGGUGGAGUCGUUGGUGGUCGAAGAUGAGGAGUUGCUUCUUUAUACAGUCUGCCAUAGUGGGCAAAGUCCUUUGGUGAUCUUAACAGUGUUUAAGGCUAUUGUCAUCUGUCAGUCUCUUAUAAGAGCAUAUUCUCUGCUGCAGGUAUAUUCUAAAAAACUCCAGAUUCAGCUGAUUUUACUGGCAGGUGCCCUUAGAGUCAGCAUUUUGGCUGCCACUGAAGGAGGCAGAGUUCCAGAUGGUGGUUGUUACUCACAGGUCCACAGGUUGUGAUGUGAAAGCCAGGAACCUGUGUGUUCACACACAGGCACUACUGGUCCUGUGUUAGAGCCAACCACGUAUAACUGAGGACAAAAUUUUGUCUGGAUAUGUAAAGUCCUUGACUGGCAGAACAUGAGAACAGAAUUGGAGCAGACAGAAUAGCAUCAUCAAAACACUGGAGAUGAUAGAGCUAUUGUUAAAGCCCUAAGGUUUUAAAUAUGGCUUGCAAAGAGGAUUGAGUACAAAACUGGGUCUGUGUCCUUGUUUAUUGUUAUUCUAUUUAUCAAGAACUCUCAAGAUACUCUCUUUAAAAGGCUUUUUAUUCAAGCUUUGAAUUAGAGAUUCAGAGGUUGCCUUCUACGAGAAGCUCAAGUUUCAUAAGAACUGAUCAAGUUUCGGCAUGAUGAAAGGAAUCUUUUGAAACUUUGUUUGAAACUAGAUGGUUUAAGCCCCUUGAAGGUGUAUAUUAAGUUCUAUGCAUUGUGUAUCCUUAGAUGAAAAGGCACUUGUGUUAAUGAAUCUAAACUUUCUGAAGGAAGAGGUAAGAAUUCCACAAGAACUCUGCAGUCCACAGGAAAUCCAAGGAAGAUGGAACUUGCUAAUCCUCAUGGUUAAAGUUUAAAAAGGCAGAAAAAAAUGUUUAAUGAUCCAAGUUUGGUUUUCUUUUAAAUGAUCCCUUCUGAUUUAUCAAAAAAACAUUCACUCACACAUAGGAAGGAUGUACCCAGAGAUGUGUUCAGAAGGUAUUCAGUCCUCUGGAUGGUGAACUUCUGAUUAUGGCAGAAUACUUGGUUCCAGUGACAGUGAGUCUUCUGUACCCUUGGAUAGGGUAACUUUGGGGAAGGGGUCUUUGAUCACCUUUGGUUUUCAGGCGGUUGAAACAAUGUUUAUUUCAUUAAACGUACUGUAUAAUGGUCCAACAGCAACUGCUUGGUCUUAUCUUGAUGUGUGAGCACUCUAAUAUGAUCUGAUAUUCCUCUUGCAAAAAUGUCAUAAAUAUUUUCAGGUGGCAAUCCAGAGGAAAGGUGGCUGGCACCACAGUUCUGUGAAUCUGAAGUGGUCAGAAGGAAAAAAAUUGAUUGAGUAAACUGCAGCAGCAGCUACUCCUGUGUUGCAUUUUCCUCCAGGAGGAGCCAUGGGUGGUUAUGACUGCUGGCAGCUCUCAGAGGUUGAUACUGUGGUUGUCUACUUUAACUGGGUAUGAAAGGACAGGUAGUUCUGUUCCCAGUAGGAUUUUCUUUGGGAAAGCCAAGAUGUUUUGGCUAGUGUACUCUUCUGGCUGUUUGGCAACAAGACUGUGUAUCAGACAGUCAAAACCAGAAGGCAGCUCUGAGGGAUCAUGUCCUCCUUGAACUUGCUCAGUCUUGAUGUUUGUCUAAUUUUCUGCAAAGACCUUCACAAAUGGAAACUGUGAUUGGCCCAUCAGUCUGCUCCAGUAGCUUCCUUUGUAUUUUGGCUUUAAUCCAGUUCCCUGGUUGGCUCUUCACAAACCUGAAGUUGUCCCUGUGCUCCAGGGACAGAGCUCCAUCUGUCUUUCAUGGCGCCUUUCAGCUAUUGUCUCCAUCAUUCCUGGGAAUGUCCUUAGAUAAAGGAGAGGUGGAUAGGGCUCAGCAUGAGUCACUAUGAACAGACCUUUGUCUCAAAAUAAACCUGAUGAGAGAUCAUGGAAUCUUCUCACCUGCCAUGCUGGGUUAAGAGCACUUUCAGCUCUUGUGAGUGAAGUCCUGUUCUGGAUGAAUCCACAUCUCCUCAUAGAAAUACUGUCUUCCUGGCAUGUUGCCUGCAGUGGCUCAUGGCAGGUGCUUUGGGAUGGAAUAUAGGAAACAGGCCAUGUCCCAAUUUGUCUUAUUGCAGAGUAGGAAGUGUUUGGGGCCUGGUCUGUGUGAUGUGCUGUUCCAGUGAGUUUGCAUUGGUUUUCUUGGGCUUGUGACUGGGAGAAGGACAGUUUAAAGUCUUUGCGCCAGUGCCUGAACUCUGUGUAUUUUCUUCCCUAGGCAAAUUCAGAAUACGCACACAGGGCUGGAUUUAUCAGUGCCAGAAUACCAGGAAAUCCAUGGGAAGAUGAUGUCUGGCCAUGUCGAGUAUCACAUUGUCGUUGUUACCCGACUGGCUGCCUUCAAAUCAGCAAAGCACAAGCCUGAAGAUGUGGUUCAAUUCAUGGUUUCCAAGAAAUACAGCGAGAUUGAAGAGCUCUACCACAGACUGGCAGCACGAUAUCCACAGGUUUCUCUUCCACUCCUGCCUAGAAAAGUUCUCUUCGUGGGGGAAUCUGACAUCUCUGAACGAAGAGCAAUGUUCAACGAUAUAAUGAAAUUCAUCUCCAAAGACGAGGAUCUAGCAACGAGUCCUGAGUUACUGGAAUUUUUAGGAACAAAAUCUUCCAGUGCUGUUGACUUCAAGAGUAAAAAUGUGCCUGAUGACAGGAAGAAAGAAGAUGAAGAAAAUGAUGCAUUGGAUUUUUUCAAAGAGGAGAAGACACCUGACUUAAUCUCACAGCUUUUAUCAGUGGAAAAUGUCAAAAAAGGGGAGGAAAAAGAAGAGGGAGAUGAGGAGGAGGAGGAAAUUUUAGACCCUCUUGGUAUAAUCAGAACUAAGAAAACAAAGAAGACACUUGCUCCUCCAGCCAAGGAAGAGAAGCCCAAAUUAACCAUUUUUGAAGAGGAGGUGGAUCCGAAUGAAGGACUCUUUGGCCCAGAAAAGGAUUUCUCAUCAAUUGAUCCCAGAAGAAAGAUGAAAGAGAAUCUGAAGUUAUUUGAAGACCCAGACCUCGGUGGGGUGGUGAGACUGGGUGACUCACUGCUGCUGCCAGCUGCUUGUGAGCAUAGCAAGCAUGUGCUGAGCAGGGAUCCUGAGGAGGACACUGAGGAACUGCUAAGAGUUGAAGAUGAUUUUGAGAAGCUCUUAGAGGUUACCUCCAAACCAAAACCUAAGGUCCCACCAAAACCACCUCUGCCUCAGAAGCCAGCAGUUGCCCCCAGGAGCACUAAUUCACCUUCACUGGCAAAGCAAAAGGAAAACAGGAUUCAGACAAUGAAUGAAGUGGACAUUCUCCAGUAUAUCCAGGAAAAUGAAUCUAUCAACAACCAGGAUACCAGUCUUUUCUGAACAUAUGUAUUUUUAAAAUGUGAUGAUGCAUUCUUGGCCCCACCUCCCAGUGAGCUCAAGUGACAGCAGCAAGAAUUGACCAGGUGUUGUUUCUACUGUCACAGUGCUCAUUUGUAUACCGGGAUACAGAGAGCAAGUUUGAGUAGCAGAACCUCCCUGUGAGCUUUUCAGAACAGUGCAGCUGUGAUCUAAUGUUGCCUUAGAUUUUCAGGGUUUUACAGGGAAUGUGGACAAGGAUGUAGCACUACAGAUUGUCUACUGCUAUUUUAGUAUCAACAUAGUGCAGUUUUGGCCAGUUGAUUGAAAAUGGUGAGGAUGUUGUACACAUGGCAACUCUGAAUAAUGUCCAACAAAUAGUCUGAGGCAUGAUAGGAUGUUGUUAAUGACAUUUUUAGAUAGUGUUUUUCAGUUCCAUGAAAGGCCAUUUUCCUUUUAUCCAGUGUGUUUUGUAGCAGCCUGUCCCUCCCUGACUGAUAUUUCGGUCAUUUUUAACAGGAACUGCUAAAUAUAUUUAACAGUUCCUCUGUCUUUCUGUGGAACAUUGAAGUCCCAGCUAAGCCUGACAAUCUGCUGCCUUAAAUGCUGCACAAAUGGCAACUUGUGAGAGAACUUUAGGCUUGCAAAGACCAUGCUAUGCAUCUCAGAUUCCUGGGAAGAAUAGCAGAUGACUGAGGGUGACUAAGAGCACUCUACAGACAUAGAUGGAAGUUUCCAUGCCUAGGAGGUUUGGAUGCUGUAGAAUCCUGUGAACUCCAGAUUCACAAGGGCUAAUUUUUUCCAGCCAAGUCUUCAUGAGCUUCCACUGUGGUUAGUGGAGAGAGAGAUUUCUCCAGGAGGUCAUUCAGUGCAGGUGUGUUAAUGGAGGAAAUCUGAAUAGCUCUCUGUAGUCACUCUUUCUCUCCUUUCCUUCACUUCUGUCAGAAUUUUUAAGAACCAGCCAUGGUGAUCAAUUCCAUUAUGCUAAAAUGAGUUUCUGUGAUGAGAUGAUGGUCUGUUCUUUACCAUGUAAUGCUUAAAACAAGGGAAGACAAACUUGGCAUUAUCUAGAGGAAAAAAAAUAGGAAAAAAAUAUACUGAAGAAAUGUUAAUAUGCAGUAAAAGUAAAACAUUGUAGAACAGGUAUCCAGGACUUUCCCUCUUCUUAACAAACUCAGGCAUUCUGGUUGAAGAUACCAAAUUUACACCUAAUGUGGGCUGAUACUUGCUGUCAAAUAGAGAUUCCUGAACUCAUUCCAUGUGUGGUCUAGCUAGACAUGAAGACAAGCUCCCCAGAAGGAAAAUUUUAAUAUAUUUAAGCCAUAUUAUCAUCCCAAUAUUUUCCUUUCUAAUAUAGACCAAAAUAAAUAGAAAGCAUUAUAUAUUUUUAAUAAUGAAAUUAUUUCUAUUAGCAUUUCCUUUUUAACCCAGUGGGUAAUGUUAUAAAGAUACUUUGCUUUGAUGGGAGAGAUGAAAUAUAACCAUUGGCUCUCCUCUAUGUAUGGUAUGUUUUACUGUAAUAAAACAUUUUGCUAACCUGCUG